AUGGGAGAAUCAAUUGGAAAUUCUUCAAAAAUAACUAAGAAUUCUGCUAGUGGGGCAUCAUCGGCUAAUCCAGAUACACUUUCAAGUUAUGGGCUUAACUCAUCAUCACCAAUGAAUAGUCCAAUGGGACAAAAAAAAGCAAAAAGGAAGGGUAAGGCAAAGGAAAUUCCAAAUGACACGCAAGAUGCAAGGAAUAAAAGAGCAACAACAAUGGCAAGACUAGCUCAAUGUAAGCAGGACGAGAUAGAAGUAAAGGCAAUGCAAAUCAUCAUGAAAGACACUUCUGCUAUGAAUGAUAUUCAACGAAGUAUACAUGAAACAUAUUGUAAUAAGAUGAAAAAAUAUGGACUGUAG